GCCCUCUGAACAACUCCAUGAAAGCUACCGAAUGCCAGAGGGGGCUGCAGUGUCCAUGAGGCUGAGGAGAAGGGGUCUCUGAUUCACAUCGCAGUCCACCACCACGCGAUGGACACAACCACAGUGCCAACUGUGACCACACGACAUUCGAAUCGGAGCUGCUUCGGGUCCAGUGCCAGAGCUCCAGGGACCGGAGGGAAAACACUUCUCUGGGAGCAGCCCAGCAGCUGGACCUCUUGCUUACAGCGUUCAGCGAGCCGAGCAGAAGAAGCACAGUGAAGUCGACGUUACUGCCAAAAGAGCCCCAUUCUGGGAGUCCAGGAGAACAAAAGACGACCGCCGAGUCCUCCCGCCCUCCCUCCUCAUAGCCACACAUUCAGACAAUUCUUUUAUACUAAGAAUUCCAGCACAUUUUCCUUUUUUUUUUUAAGACACCAAGUUAUCUUCAUCACUCUGUGAGGUGAUGCUAACAAACAUUUCCAUUUCCCUCACAUUCAGAAUAUUUUUUACAGACAAUCUCUUUGACGGAGCGUCCAUAAACGGGAACGAUUUGUAGGUUUUGUAUCAGUCGAAAGGGGAGCUUAGUAAUUGCAUUUCACUUUUUUUUUUUUUACAAAGGGAAGCCGUUAGUGAACAUUUUACAUCGAAAUUUUUUUGUUCUUCCCAUUAAGCAGACUUCUAGAAACUGCCAGCUGAACAACUGCCCAUCUACGGACCAAUCAAAGCACUCAUUUUGCUGCUUUUCAUUCAUUGUGACCAACAAGCUGAACAAAAGUGCUAAGAUGCCGAGCCGAACAAACUGAACGCAUUCUCACGGCAGAUGAGAGAUUUUCGUCCUUGCUAAUCAAAUCCGCGGGUCCCGAACGUGGAUCCGCGCGACAGCAUUUUUUUCCAGCUGACGAAGAAUAUUUUACCUUUUUAAUUUUUCAACGAAAGAAUAUUUUAUUUUCCAUUUCAAUUGCCAAAUUAAAUCUUUUUUCCUACGGAAUAAGCAAAAAAUACAUUGUUUUUUCAAAAGCCAGCUCAUGAUAUCAAUAUAUAUAAAUAUAUAUUUUUAAUCCAGAAAAGUUUAAAAUAUUUUGCCUUUACCUUUUCUAAAAAAAAUCUUGUAAGAUUUCAAAGUGAACAGAUUACGGGAUUGUUGUAGUCCUCGAUUCUGCCUCAAGUGGAUCUUUUGUUUUCACACUUUCUCUUCUUUUUGUCUCUUCGCCUGAUUCCUUAUUUGCUGGUGUUACAGAUAGUCACACCUCCAGGCCAGCGGGGGCAGUGUUACCUUGGAGACUGAAAACGCAGACACCAAUCAGAAGCAAGUCCGAUUCAAAUGCCUUUGUGUCUCACUCUGUUGAUGCCUUUCCUGCCCUCGACUGACACAACUUGCUCGGUUUCGAGUGUCGCGAUCACACUGUUGGAGUCUCUCUCGCUCUCUUUUUUUGUUCAUUUCUCAACCGUAUUUCGGCAUCCUGAAGUAUUAUUCUCAUAAAAGGAAAAAAAGAAAUUAGCCAAACUCAAACCAAACUUGAAACUGCUUGGAAACGACAUUCCUGAGCUGUCAGUGUGCCAAGGAAUUUCACGAGGCUAUCGGUAGAACAGUGCCUGUAACCCGGGACAGAAUUUGGCCAUUUAAUGUGGUGAAUACCUCGAUCAUCUGGUGGAAACCUGCUGCUUCAAAUUCUACCACUGGUUUUGCUUGGAUCACAGGGCUCUGAAACGUCCCUGCUGAGGGACGAUUCAAAUAGAGAGCAGAGAUUAACACACACACACACACACAACUAAAAAGCUUCUUGUACAGCCAUAGACUAAACACUUUAGAUGAACUGAAAAUCUCAGGACACUUGGAUUACUGGGCUAAAAGGAAAGCAAAAAUACAAAUUAACAAACUGACUAAAGACUGCCGUAGAGCUUCCUCCACUGUCAGCGUGGACUCGUAAAAAAAGUAUCCCUGGAAGAAGUUCAAGAGAUCUUCCUAUAAGGGCCAGACGAUUGAAUCCCCCUUCUCAUCUGCACGGCCGUCUGUCCACCUGAAGGAGAAGAGUGGCCGUUUCUGAACUCGGCCACCCGUUGUGAUCUAUCGGGUUUAAGGGACGCUAGUACUUUCAAUCAAAGUAGAUCUCAGGUGCGAGUAUGCUUUGGGUCGCUCUCUGCUGCUCCACAAUGCACUGCUUUCAGGCUCCUCUCGUUUUGCUGCUUGGACUCUCCCUGGCUUCAGCUACAACGAACCGUCCUGGGGUCCAGCACGUGCGCGAAGUCAGGCCAGUCCCCGUGUCUCCCUUUCUCGCUCAUAUCAAGAGGGUGCCCAUGGCCGAAGAAGGGCCACUACACCCUCUUCCUCAGAGAGCACCUCAGAAGAACGGGACGUGGAUGGGGGCGCUGGUUCCCCCACCCAAGACUGCUACCAUACCAGUGGGUGAAGUCUGUUGGGGCUACUAUGAUGUUAUGGGUCACUUUGACUUGACCUUCAAUUGCUCGACUAAUACUUAUCUGUAUUGCUGCGGCACCUGUAACUAUCGUUUCUGCUGCGAACAUCGUAACAAGCGGCUCAACCAGAGUCUCUGCAACAACUACAACACUCCUGUGUGGGCCAAUUCUGCUCCUACACAAAGUGCGCCAUUUGGUCCUGGUCAGGAUCCUAAUUUGAACCCAUUGAAGGACCAGGGCAGCAGCACGGUGUAUGUGAUUGGGGGAGUAUUGUCAUUCACAUUAGCCGUUGCUGUUGGGAUGAAGGUAGCCUUCCACAAGGCAUCGAGAAGACCAAGACCCAGAGACAUCAACAUGCCAAGAGCCCUGGUCGACAUCUUGCGCCAUCAGUCUACGCCUUCAGAGCAUGGAGAGAGGAACAACAGCACCGUGCUGGGGUCUUCAAGCCAGGAUACUGGAAGUUCACAUCCUCCGAAGAACCUCUACACUCCUGCACUUCCGAGUAAAGACAAUCGAAUUGGAAAUAUGCAUCACAAUUUCAUCCAUCUCUCCGGGCAGAGUCCAAAACACACUGGAACUAUGGAGAGACUACCAAGGAUGAACAACGCACAGCUGGCUUCAGGCACUCUACUUUCCAACAAGCAUAACAACACGAGUGGAGGAGGCUCCUCAUCACACCCUUUCUCGCACUCUUUAUACAAUUUGGCUCAACUUCCUCCCUCGUAUGAAAGUGCGAUGAAGCCAGAGAUCAACCGCUACAGCUCCCUCAAGCGACUGGAAAAGGACCUCGACGACUCCUCUGGUUACUACACUUCAAAGCGUCGGGGAGGAACCAAUGCGCCCCCCUCUUUCCACUCCUCGCAGCACCACCUGUACAUUGGAGGGGGAGGGGACUACACUUUAGGGGGUCGUGGCACAUUGCCCUUGCAUGCUAUGCGCCCUCGUAUCCAACAGAACCCUUACCCUGCCACACUGCAACACCCCAACCUAGAUACGUUGGUGUCAUCCAAGCCCCCGCGCAGAGUCAUGUCGCAGGACCAGCUCUUGGUUUUUGGCGAGGGAAACACCGUGCCCAAUGUAUCGAGUGUGCAAAUGGGAACCCUGGGACGCCUGAAUAAGAAUCAGCAGCUGCAGCAGCAACAGCAACCGCAGCAGCAGCAGCAGAUCCACCAGCCGUCCCAGUUCCAAAAGCACCAGAAUCCUGCCCCUUACCCUUCCCAAACCCUACGGAAGUCCCACGAGCGGCUGUUGUCGCCAGACCGUGGCACUCUGCCACGACUCUCUGCCCACCAGAAAGCCCAGUCUCAGCAAAAUGUCUGCGUCACCCCUUCGCUGGACCGUCACCACAUGAUCAAGAUGAACUCUCAUCCAACCUCGGGGAGGGAGGGACAGCAGCGUGCAGCGGAUGUUGGCGCGCAGGCGCCAGGGAUCUGGGGGGAUGCCUUAGCAGGAGGGACGGGCACCCUGGGCCACAGUGCUCGCAGGAUGGCCUUUGCUAACAAAAGGCAGAACACCAUCGAGCAACUGCACUUCAUCCCAGGGGGUAACCAGGGGGGAACCCAGAGCCGUCAGAUGAGGACGGGAAGUAAGAAUGAGGUGACAGUGUAAGAGAGGACAGAGUGGGCAUAUGGGAGGGUGGGGGGGGGUGGAGUG